AGCUCAAGACUAACCUGAAACUCAGAAUUUGUAUCACUAGAAAUGGGCGAGUUUAGCAGCAGCAGCAGUAGCGAGGAAGAUGGAGAUUCGGAGUGGAAGGCAGCCAUCAACUCGGCGGCUGCUGGUGCCUCCUCUGUUAUGUCUUCGUUUAUGAAUGGUUUUUCCGCUAAUGAAAAUGGUGGCGGCGGCGGCGGCGGAGAAUACAACCAGAGUAAAACCCAGCAGCUGCCCAAGCACUACCAAAUCAAGGCACAAAAACUUUUGGAUGAAAUCAUAGGAAAGAGUUUGGAGAUUGUGAAUGAUCCCCUCAUUCAUUUACCAGAUGAUGAAGCUGUGGUUGAUGAAGAUGAAGGUUGUAUUCGCUUGUUCAAAAAUGCUCCCCCUGGGAUAGUGUUUGAUCAUGUAGAUGAACAACCAUUGAGAAAGAGACCAAGAAUUCUUCCUGGAAGAGAAAUUAAUGAGAAAUCAAAGAAGUUUAGACGGCGACUCGAAUCUGUUGUUGUUGAUGGGAAAGACAUAAUGGCUGCAGCAAGAGACAAAGGCCUGAGAUCAUUGUCUAGGCUAGAAGCUAAAGAUGAAGCAGCAAAAGCAGCAGCCAAAAGAGAAGAGGAAAGAGUUACUCAACUGAAGAAAAUAAGGGGUGAAAAAUGGCUACCUUGUAUUGCCAGAGAAAUGCAAUUAAAACGUUGAAAUACCUUGCUGGUUAACUUACUUUGAUUUGUCGAUUCUUGUAUUGCCCUUCGCUUCGCUUCUUCUUCGUGUUUGAUGAAGUAGAAAUCCUAGACAAACAUAUGUAGACUAAUUUUCACAAGCAAUGUGGCAUGAUGUUUUGCUA